AUGUCACCCUCAUCGCCUCAGCCCACGCCCACGCCGUUGCGCGUCUAUCGCUACGUCGUCGACGUCCACGGCCAGCUCUUUCUCCACGACCAGGUCCCCAAGAACCUCACCUCUUGCUUCAAAAACACCGCCUUCCUCGACUUCUUCUUCACCCGCCUACGCCCCAACCCGAGCUCGCCCACCUCUCGCGACGGGGCUCGAAUCGCACAGUACGACAUCCUCUCCGCAGCCCCGGCAUCCGGCCCGCAGUGGCCCGACGAUCCGAGGCUACAGGACGCCGACACCGACACCGACACCGCCCGCCAACUGGCAUGCCGUCUGGCCAACGACGAUGGCUACGAGUGGCUCAGCCCCUGCGGGCCCGAACUCAACUUUGUAAAGACCCAGGACACGCCCAUCGUCUUUCGCGAGCUCACAAGCACCGGAAAGCUCCACUACGCCGGCUCCCUCCAGCACGACUUUGCCCCCGACUCGCUACACGUCGAUCCCUCUACCGGCUACCUCUACCACCCGUCGCCAGACCCGACCUCGGACUCCGUGCGCACUCGCAGGCGUGCCAAGUCUAAGCCUGACUCUGCCCAAAGGUAUGGUCGCUUCAGCCUGCUCUCCUCUAGUCUCGUGCUCCAACACCUUGCACACGACCUCGAAAUCGAUCCAGACCAGUUCCACGCGGGCGAUGCCGGCAGCGUCCAGUGGCAGGGCACACGUUAUCCGCUCCGCUUGCUUCCCUCACCCGCCCCUUCGUCGUGA